AUGAAACAUACUGUUUCUCUCGUUUAUGUUACGGCCUUCCUGUUUCUCUUCGGGGAAAGCAUUCAACCCGCUCCACGCAUUGCGAUCUACGAGUCCAUCAUUUGCGACCGUCACUAUGCCGACACAGCGCAAAAUGGUCCUUACGACUGCAAGAUCGCACCUGUGCAACAAGAACUCGCCUUCCUAGGGGGCAUUGAGCGCCUUUCCAUUAUUAUCCCUUCCUUACUUGCAAUUCCCUUCGCUGCUCUGGCAGAUCGCUGCGGCCAUUCUUUCAUACUCUCACUUGCUGUGUUUGGCAUAUUUCUAGAGGACGGCUGGCCAUUCAUAGUGUGCUGGUUUCCUGACGUGUUUCCUAUCAGACUGAUUUGGUUGCAUUUCUUUUUCUGUUUCCUUGGCGGGGGUUUCACUGUUGUUGUCACGUUACUGCAUGUCAUCAUUGCAGAUGUUGUCAACCCAGAGGAGCGAACAAAGAUGUUCUUCCGAGUACGGGCUGCAGGCGUCGGGGCAAGUAUUCUAGGCUAUGCAGCCAGUGGUAUGGCAAUGAAGGUUAACCAGUGGUUGCCGUGGGCGCUGGGCCUGGGAAGUCUUUGUAUUGCUACUGUCACAGCAAGAAUGAUUCCGUCCACAUCGGCGUCAAACCACCAAUCGGCGCCGGGUCACAGCGUUAUCGCCGGAGAUUGGAGAUUACGUGUCAGGUCUUUCUGUAGGAAACUGAGGCAUACUACUGCGAUGCUCAUUGGAAACAAGCAAGUAGCCACUAUGUUGGUGUUGGUCCUCUUGUGCCAGCUAGGAUUCGACUCUGUACCUUUGAUGUUGGCCAUAUAUGUUUCAAAACGUUAUGAGUGGACCUUCGCAGAUGCUAGUUUCCUCAACUCGCUCGAAAUGAGUGUUGAACUACUUACACUCGUCUUACUCCUGCCGCUUCUCACAUCGCACUUGCCUUAUAAGCUUCGUAGUCUCUGCUCUUUCGACAAAGAUAAGUAUCUUACUCAAGGAAGCCUUGCUGCACUUGCGGUCGGGACACUCUGUCUUGGUUUCGCACCUGUUGUAUUUGUUGCAAUCCUCGGUAAGUGCGCUACUUGUGCUGAAGUUACGAGGCAUAGACCCUAA